UGAAGCACACGAGGGAACACUACUCGUAUCCCUGUACUCCAUAACCGACUUGUUUGGGCGACUAAUCCCCGGUUGGGUUUCAUACCUCGACUACAUUAGCAACAGAAACAUCUUUGUCUUAUCCAUCGCUGCGAUGGGAGUCUCUCUACUACUGAUGCCUUUGGCGAACAGUUUCGGGGUAUUCGCUGCGCUGACACUGAUUUGUGGUUUUGUGACCGGAUGUCAAAUGGUUUUACCCGCAGUCGUACUCUCAGAGUAUUUAGGCUCUGAUAAAACGGCCGUCGCUUUCGGUUUAUCCAACUUUAUAUGCGGUUCCCUAACCAUUAUAAUUAGACCACUACUCAUAGGUGUGAAGGAUUGGACGGGUCAGUACGAUAUACUGUUUUAUAUCCUGGGCUGUUUGGGUGGUGGUGAUGGUGAGGGCAUUAACGGCACAGACCUGCCUGUCCUUCAAAAUAUAAGCAAUUUUAACGAAAGUGCAGAUAAUUAUGAUCUGAAUGUGACAUUAAGUAAGAGUUCUUCGAGAAGUGAUUCUUCGGUCGACGACAGUGAUGAAGAGGACGAGUUUGAUGACAGCGAAGAAGAGCUGUCGCUAUCAGAAGCUGUUCCGCAAAAGACAAGAGUCAGACAGCAACAGGAUUUGGACCAAAGUCUGAGCAAAUUCCUGGACUCGGGGAUGAAGUUCCUGUUGGAGACCAGGAAUGUGUUCAACGAAGAGCUCAAUGACUCCAAGAGUGACAGUGAGGCCAAAGACGUGUGGAUCGCGUACAGCAAGUCUUGGGGCCGAGUGUUUGACGCACUCGUCAAAGAUAUUACGCCAAAGAUAAUGGAGUCGUCGGAUGCGGACAUCUCUGACAUAUCACUGGACUGUUUGUCCGGUUUAUUCGCCACCGUUUCGGGUCUUAAGCAACAGAAGGAUUGGGCCGUAAAAUUGUAUGACUCUUCGGGGCGACCCUUCACAGAAGGUAGUCUGGACGGCACGAUCACUAAUUUAGGCGCAUAUGAUCAGUGCCUGUCCAUCGAGUCCGACUCCAACCUAGCCGUGCCAUUCAUUGGUCAGUACUGUGUUGUCAAAUACCAGAUCGCUUUUAAGUGCCUGUCCAUCGAGUCCGACUCCAACCUAGCCGUGCCAUUCAUUGGUCAGUACUGUGUUGUCAAAUACCAGAUCGCUUUACCACCCAAACCAAAACGUAUGACACUUCGCACACCAGUGUUUAACUUUACGGGUACACCAGUCUCGGGAACGUUUUUGGAAGAGUUCUCUCUAUCGGCACAUGCUUUCUAUGAAAGGUAUGGUCGCACCGGUAUAUGCAUACCAUCGCUGUGUAGCAAAAAUGACUUCCACUCGUUUCUCAAGAGAUUUAUAUCUGAGAGCCACAUGAAUCUGACUAUCAAUGACUGUCACACGAAAGUACUGCCAAAAUUCAAUUCACUACAACUCGCUAUUAUUGUCAUCUUCGGUGUCGUCUUAUCUCUCAUGAUAUUAGCGACGAGUGUCGACCUAAUCAUUGUCUACACAAAUGACUUGAAUUACAUUCCGUUCAUUAGUUUCGAGACC